AUGAAGCAUCUGCAGAAACUCCUGCUCUCCCUGCUGCUGGUGACAUACCCUCCAGCCAUCGCCAAUUAUUUCUGGAAUCGUAUUGAGGGAGGAGCCGAAGCCAAUGUCCACUCCAGACCAUACAUGGCCUAUCUGCAGGGAAAGAACAACCACUUCUGUGGAGGCUUCCUAGUGGCCCCAAAUUGGGUGAUGACAGCGGCUCAGUGUUUCAACCACAAACCUCUGACUGUCAUCCUUGGAGCCUACAACAUCCAGAAGAAAGAGGAAAGCUGGCAAAAAUUUGAAGUCCAAAAGUAUCACCGCCACCCAGACUUCAUAAUUCCUCAGAAUGGGAAUGACAUCCUCUUGCUGAAGCUGAAAGGCAAUGCCACCAGUAAUAACUAUGUUAAGACCAUUUUCUUCCAAAAACAAAAAGCCCUUGGAGGGACUGUAUGCAGCAUAGCUGGCUGGGGCCAUGAGAUGCCUGCUGCCAUGCUCCAUGAAGCCAAGGUCACCAUCCUCAAACCAAGGGACUGCCUAAACUUAAACCCUGGACUUGCUAACAACUUGAUCUGUGCCCGCACUGGAUCCGCUGGAGCUCUUGAAAAGGGCGAUAUUGGGGGCCCACUCGUCUGCAACAACAAAGCCUACGGUAUCUUCUCCUAUGGGUAUGGCAAUCAGUCUGGUUUCUACACAUACAUUGCUGCCUACCUCCCAUGGAUCAAUAGUGUCAUGAAGUCUGUGUGA